AUGCAGGGCCACGCACAAGAUUUCCGUGAUCGCUCAGCUGAUGCUAUUCGGGGUCGCAAGACGAUUCCGCUGUUACUUUCGCAACCGGUCGCUCGCUGGUCCCUCGCCGCUAUGAUCGUGGCUUGGACAAUUGGCCUGAUUGCCUUGUGGGAGCCACCGGUUGUUGCCAGUGCGCUGUUCGCUGCUCUGGGUCUGAGGUGCCUGGCUGGCUAUGUUCUUAGCUACGACGAGAAAGACGACUACGUGUCGUACUGUUGUUCUGGCUUCUUGGCAGCAACUUGCUCCCCAUCUUUCCUCGACUGA